GUGAGUAGUGCAGGAAACGAAAGAAUGCUUGAAGGUACUGUCAGUGAGGAGGAGCAAACUGCAGUUCCAGGACCAUCUGGAACUUCAACUGUCAGUGAUGGUAGGUGUAGCUCAUGGUUAGUACAAUGCAGUAGUUGCAGAAGGUAACCUUUUGGUAAUAUUACUGUACUCCCGACUCAUGGUUUACUGUUACAGUGAUGUUCAAAUGUAAGGUGAACUAAUUUAACAUCCAAGCAAAAGUGACAUGCCUUUAAGAUUUGACGCUUGACAUGUGGUUUAAAUAAACCACCACUUCAUUCGUUUAUUUUUUGAUUAUUUUUAUAGGUUGGCUAACCAUCAGUGACCCCAUAAAAGCCAUGUCUGCAUGUGCAAGUUUUUAUCGCUGUACUCAUGAAAGGGAAAGUCCAUUGGUUUUGAGCAUGGACCUGAGACAGACCCCAGCUCAACAGGAUUUGGCUCUUGUUUAAUUUUACAAGCGGCCUAAUGUAGUGUGGGUACGUCCCCUGAAUUGCAGACUGGGAGGGGAUACUGCUGUUGGACAGGGAGUCACUCGUUACUUUAUCUCCACAUGUAUGGAGAAACUGAAAUCUGGAUUUUGCAUCAAUUUUGCAAAUUCCAAUGUUACAUGCCUUUUUGAAGGACCACCUGGCCAUUUAGUUCCCUCAGCCUCUCACUUUCUCGUGGAGAGUGACAUGUACCUGGUGGCAGGGAGAAUGAUUGGCCACUCCUUCAUACAUGAAGGACCCUGCUUGUCUGGGCUAAGCCCCGCUGUUGUCCAUGUCCUGCUUGGUGGGAGCCCUGAAACGGCAACAGUUACACUGGAGGACUGCGCAGACCUGGACAUCAGAGAGAAAUUCGAGCUUCUUGAAGGGGACACUGCACUUUCUGAUGCUGAAAGAGCAAGGGUUCAGGAAUUGGCCUAUGCGUGGGACCUUCCUUGCUUGACGGAGAGCAAUAAAAAAUGGCUUUUUGAGAAGCUGUUGAUUCAUGCUGUAAUUGGACGUGUCACAAGGCAAAUUAAACAGCUGAGACGAGGGCUUAAAGAGACUCCAGUGUGGACAGUGCUUACCAAGCGACCUGAAACUGCAGCCUUGAUUUUUCCAAGUGAAGGAACAGGCGACAUUUGUCCUGAGAUAUUUCUUCAACGCAUCAGUUGGCCAAAGGAGGAGGAAGAUGAAGAUGAUGAUUGGUCUGCUGAAACCAAAAGCCGCAUCAAGGCGUAUCUUCAGGAGUUCAUUAAAAAUGGUAAGUUUCUUUCAUAAAUGGGAGUGCUAAAAAAGUUUUACUUGGCUGCUAUUGAAUUGAAUUUAUAAAAAAAAUAUAAAUUCCAGAAAGAAAACCUUAACAUUCAUGAAUGAAAACAUUAACAUGAUUAUGUUACUCUUAUUAGUCCAGUAAGUGUAAUUACAUCUGUUAAAUACAUAUUUUUCCAAAUUAGCCUUAAAGCUACACUGACACACUGUUUAAGAAUUGUAAAGUUAAAUUUUUUUUGACAAAUAAAUUGAAACAUAAUCUUUAUUCUGGAUUUUGCUUCAUUAAUCCUUACAGGAACGACAGUUGAAUUGAUGAAUUUAGCCAAAUUUUGGACUGGAUGGGAGAUUUUACCGAAGAGCCUGUCUGUGGAGAUCGUCAGAAGCAGCUAUCCCACAGCCUCCACCUGCUAUGAGACCUUAAAAAUUCCAGGUCAUUACAGAGACUACAGAUCUUUCAGAUGUGAUCUCCUUGCCUGUAUUGAGACUUGUCAUACAGGAUUUGGGCUCCUGUGAAUUCUUGGGUUUGUUUUAUGUUCUUAAAAAAAGGUUUUGUUAAGAUCAGGAAGUUUGUUGUGGCAUUGAAUGUCACGUGUUUUACUGUUUUUGUUAAAAAAAAA